AUGAAGAUGGAGGACUAUGAAAUAUUCUGUAAGAAGCAUCUUUCCAGACUCCAAGAAGAGGCAAUAAAAAGAGAAACCUUUUUCACUGUUCAGCACAAAAAUAUCUCUCUCAUUCAAUUCCAUGGAGUUCCUGUGCUUUCCCCUCUGCUUAGCCUUGAAAAGAAAAAGGAAAUACAGCAGUACAAACAGAAAGCACUGGACCUAGAGACAUGGAGACAGAACUCCCGGAAAAGAGCUUUAUUGGAACGUGUUCAGGAGAUUCUAGAAAAUGUUCAGCUCAGGAAAGGACCUAGUGUGACUAAUGUGGACACAGGAGAGGCUGAGAAAACUUGCCCUAAUUCAGAUUCAAAAGCUUCAACUGACUUCUCAGCUCUGUCAGAUGCAAAUUUGCUGUGUUCUCCUGAAAGGAAUGGUCCCACAGAGAUUGAAAAGACAGCAGAACUGACACCAGCAGAUACUACUGGUCAGGUGACAUCAAAUGUGACAGAAGUAGCUAAAGCAGCAGAAGAAAAUGUUUUUUCAAAGCAAAGUGAGAGUCUCUUCUCAAAAGAAGUACCUUGUCCAAGGGCUGCAUCUUCUCUUCAUAAUAAGCUUGCAUCAUCCCAUGCUUUGCAAAAGCAAGAGGGACUAGGAGUGCAACUGUCAGAUGAAGAAGUACAAGAUCCAUACAUUGUGAGUCUUCAGAACCUGAUGAAGAAAUCUAGGGAGUGCACAGAGCAAACCAAGCGUAGCUCAAAAAGUAAUUCGAAGAGGAGUAUGAGUGAAAGUCAUUCAGAUAAAGAAAAUGAUGGUGUUAAACCAACUGAUUCUGUCAAAGAAAGAGCAAAGUUUACAGGCAGAAGUUGCUCUGCUCUGACACUUGAUAAACCCAGUCUUAAUAAAACAAACACCCUUCUCCAAGGUGCCUCUACUCACACAAAUAACACCAGUAUUUCAACGUUAUCCAGUUUUUCUAAAGUGGACAUACCUAUGAGAGUUGGAACACCCCCACUGGUGGAUUCAGAUUCGGAUGAAGAAUUGAAAAAGACUUGUCUGUUUGACCAUGACAGUAGCAUUGUCAGGAGCCUCACAGGCUCUUAUGCCAAGUUGCCAAGCCCAGAGCCAAGCAUGAGCCCUAAAAUGCACCGCAGGCGCCCAAGACCUUUAUCAAUGGGACACAUUAUUAUAAAUAACCCUGUGAACGCUUAUGAGUUAAGUCCUAAAGGCAAGGGUAGAACCAUGGAUUUAAUCAUGCAAGAUAUUGCUGACAAACAUAAUGUUUCUGAAUCGGUGCCAAAGUUCAUGGUGGACUUCAGUAUGUUUUGCCCUGGCAGGGUUCCUGGUGUCAACAGGAGUUCUUCAGGCCCUUGCCAUGGGCUGGGGGUUGGCAAACCAAAUCAACAUUCCUUUGGGCACUUGGAGAGCCAAGGAACCUUGUCAGCUACAGUGGAAGGACAGGUAGUGACAGACAGCAGAGGGACAUACAAAGUAGAGAGUAGUACUAAUAUUGUAGCUCCAAAAUUGAAUGAGCCAUUUGCCAUCAGUCAGUCUGCAGCAGCACAGAAGCUUCUAGCUAUGAAUGAAACCAAACCGUCCGGUUUGCUAGAAAAUACUACAUGUAAUUCUCCAGUAGAACUCAAUAAAUCUUAUGAUGUAGAAAACCCAUCCCCUCUGUUAAUGCAGAGCAAGAAUAUGCAACAGCAGAUGGACACUCCGAGUAUUUCGCCAGCAAACGAGCAGUUUCUAGAAAAUAGUUUUGAGAAGGUAAAACGUAGGCUUGAUUUGGACACCGACAACUGCCAAAAAGAAAACAGUCCCUGUAAUCCAGCAGCUGGAAUGGAAGAACAAGAAAAGCAGUGGUUGCAAGAACAGAAAUAUCCUGUGGGAUCAGUUUACAUUACCAAGAAUGUAGCCCCUGAUAGUAUGGCAAAAGAAGAUAUUUUUAAAACUAAAAUGUUGGCCUUUGAAGAAAUGAGGAAGAGACUUGAAGAACAGCAUGCACAACAAUUGUCAAUUCUGAUAGCUGAACAAGAGAGAGAACAGGAGAAAUUGCAGAAGGAACUGGAAGAGCAGGAGAGAAAGCUGAAAGGAAAGAAGGUCACUACAAUGGAAAUAGAAAUUUCCAAAGUGAAUAUUAACAGUAGGAUGGAGUUGGAGUGGAGGAAAAAAAGCAAAAGUGGCCUCCUGGGAAGUGUGCAGGCUGAGCUGGAGACAGUCCCUAAUGCAAACUCUACCAACAUUGGUUUUGCUCACACUACAACACCUAACACCUUUGCUUCAACAAGUGAAACUUCAUUCUUUCUCUGGGGACCAACAGGUAGUGGAGUUAUAAAAACCUCAGUAUCUAAGCCGAGUAACAGGAUCAUACCUAGGUGGACUCAGGUUUUCAAUCCAGAGAUCCAAAUGAAAUUUGAUAAGAUCACUGCUGUGGCAAAGGGGUUUCUCACUCGUAGACUCCUGCAGACAGAAAAACUGAAACAUCUGAAGCAAACUGUAAAAGAUACCAUGGAGUUCAUUAAAAAUUUUCAGUCUGAAGCCCCACUAAAGAGAGGAAGUGUUUCAGCACAAGAUGUAUCCCUUCAUGAACGAGUAAUGGCUCAGCUACGAGCUGCCCUCUAUGACAUCCAUGACAUUUUUUUUGCCAUGGAAGCAUCAGAAAGAAUGAACAUUCUGCGUCACGACCGUGAAGUUCGUAAAGAGAAGAUGCUCAGGCAAAUGGAUAAAGUAAAGAGCCCAAGAGAGAAACUGACACUUUCAACAGCUACACAGAAAUCUCUGGACAGGAAGAAGUACAUGAAGGCUUCAGAAAUGGGAAUGCCAAGUAAAAAAAUAGUCAUAAAACAAAAAACUCCUGAAAGCCGCAUUCUUCAACCAAACCAAGGACAGAAUGCUCCAGUUCACAGACUACUUUGCAGACAAGGAACCCCUAAGACCUCAAGGAAGGGGGUUGAGCAAAAUAGAAAGAAGGCUCCAGAGAGCAGAGUGUCUAACAAGGCUGUUUCAGGAGCAUAUGCAGGAAGAACCCAAAGAAAGAAGCCAAAUGUUGUGACAAUUUAA